CCCAGUCCGCAUAUGUCGCAUUUAAUAAACUGUAGCAGAUCCUGCCACGUGCAACGGUGGGAGAAACAACUGGAACCCUGCAGAUUUAGAUUACUCGCACGAAGAUUAAAGAGUCGGGAGUUGACCGGCCGCCAGGGAUUGAAAAUGGCGGCAACAAAGGGCAAAUUGUGCGUGACAGGGGCUGGUGGAUACCUGGGUUCUUGGGUUGUCAAGCUUCUCCUCUCUAGAGAUUACAUCGUCAAUGGAACCGUCAGAGAACCCACGGAUAAGAAAUAUGCUCACUUGAACGAGCUCGACAAGGCAUCUGAUAAUCUCAAACUUGUGAAGGCAGAUUUACUGGAUUACAACUCCCUUUAUUCUGCUAUUCAAGGAUGCAGUGGAGUACUUCAUGUUGCUACCCCUGUUCCCUCCUCUUCGGUAACAAAUCCCGAGGUAGAAAUGAUAGAGCCAGCUGUAAAGGGCACGCUGAAUGUGCUUAAAGCAUGUGCUGAAGCAGAGGUUAAGCGCGUUGUUGUCGUGUCCUCUGGAGCUGCAGUAUCGAUGAACCCGAGCUGGCCCAAGGGUCAAGUGAUGGACGAGAGUUCUUGGUCCAACAAGGAAUAUUGUAGAACCACUAAGAAUUGGUACUGUUUUUCAAAGACUGAAGCAGAAAGUGAAGCUUUUGAGUACGCAAAGCAAAGUGGGCUUGAUGUUGUAACUGUUUGCCCUACCUUAAUUUGGGGGCCAAUUUUGCAGCCCACAAUAAAUGCAAGUAGCAUGGUUCUCAUUAAGCUUUUGAGAGAAGGAUAUGAGUCAAUUGAAAAUAAGUAUAGGAUGAUAGUGGAUGUACGCGAUGUAGCAGAAGCACUACUUUUGGCAUAUGAGAAGCCUGAGGCUGAAGGGAGAUACAUAUGCACGGCACAUGGGACUAGGACAAAAGACCUGGUUGAGAAAUUGAAGAGCAUAUAUCCUAACUACAAUUAUCCGAAAAACUUCACAGAGGGAGGAGAAGAACAGAGGUUGAGUUCAGAGAAGUUGCAAAGACUAGGUUGGAGUUACCGUUCACUGGAGGAAACUCUUGUUGACUCCGUGGAGAGUUAUCGAAAAGCUGGAAUCUUGGAUUAAGAAAGAGCAUAGAUAUAUGCUUUUCUGUCCGUAUUAGUUUCAGUUUGAGGAUAGGUUCAAGAACUGAUAUCUGUAAGAUUCAUGAGUCUAGUUCAUCAUUUUGCUUAAAUAACAGAAGUUUUACUUCUCUUUCUUCUAUCAGUGAGAUGUUAAAUGUCACAGUUCCAAGCUUUCCUGUUGUACUCUCGGAUCAGAUUAUUCAUAAAUCAAGUUUAUGUUUUGUUUUCA